ACAUAGAGGCACACUGUUUACUGAAUACACUCUGGUUGGAUAAAGCUGUCAAUAAGUUUGAGCACGUGGUGACAUCGCAAAAGUUUGCCAAAUAUUAAUAUCUCAACAAUUUAAGUGGAAAAAAAUGGUAAUAAUGAAAGCGAAAAAGUUAAAGAAGCCCUUCAAUUCUCGAAAGUUCUCACGUAAUUCGAAAUUUGCUGAAAAAGAUGCGUCGAAGGAAGAGUCUGAAAGCGAGGUGGUACCUGAACACAUACGCAUAAUUGAGCAGGAGGUGCAAAUUGUACGUGCGCUUGCAUGUAACGAUCUCAAUAAACGUAAUCGUCAAAUUCGUAAACUACGAAAAUGGCUAGAACUACGCGCGUGCAGUUCUUUUCCUUUAACGGAGGAUGACUUUCUACGCAUUUGGAAAGGACUAUACUAUAAUAUGUGGAUGUCGGAUAAACCUUUGGUUCAAGAAAAUCUAGCCGAACAGCUGGGAAAAUUAACUGAAUGCUUCGAUGGGGACGUGAACACUAGUGUGAAUUUUUUCGGAGCGUUCAUGCAGACAAUGUGCAAUGAGUGGUUUGGAAUCGAUCAAUGGCGUAUUGACAAAUUCAUGAUGCUAGUGCGCCGAAUGUUGCGCUAUAUGUUUCGUGUUCUAAAACGCAGUGGCUGGACAAAAGAGUCCAUCAAGCUCUUUAAUGACCAUAUGAAGUUGACAGUUUUAGCUGACGAAAGUCCUGCAAUUGGAUUAACGAUGCACUUUCUAGAUAUAUUUUUUGAAGAAUUAGCCAAAGUGUCGGAAGGAGAUAUUAGUGCAGAACAAGUGGGAGACUUUGUGCGCCCUUUCGUUACGUAUUUGGCCAAAGGUCGCGAUGCUAAGCUUGUAUCACAUUGUCGCUUACAAGUGCUAAAACAUUUGCUAUAUCAAAGUGCUUUGGGACGUGAAUACACCGAGAAAUUCAAUGCAUGGGAACGUAUGGGCUUCCCAACUACUUCUAUUAAUGAUUUGGAAAAGGUUGAUGAAGAUAAUGAGGAAAACGGAGAAGAAGAUGAUGGAACAGAGACCACACAAAAAGAGCAGCACUUGGAUCCACGCGCCGGAGAUGUUGACGUAUUUAUGCCAGAGCUGCCAUUAGAUGCCAAAUACGUGAUUGAAGAAUUGGAAAGACUUAUCUAUAAAGACGACGAAAUUAGUACUAAGAUCAGAAAAAGUUUGCGCAAGCAAUUGGAUAUUUUCAAAACAUAUCAGCAAGGCGAAUUUCCGUUAGGUGUAAAAAGGAUUCCACGUUUUAAAGCAAAAGGAGAGAAACCAUUGAUGAAAGAUAAAAUUGAGCAGCUAGAAAAUGUUGAAAAUGAAUUAUUUAGUGUAGGGCGUAAGUUAAAGCAGCUGAAUAAAAGAAAACGUCGCAAGUUGCUAAAAUCUCUGAACUUCGAAGAAAUAGAUGAAUCAAAUUUUGAUCAAACAAUUCUGAAAGCAAUACCGAAGCAAUACCUGAAGGAACGUAAAAGAAAAUCAACCUCUGGAAUAAGUGGUUGGGUGGAAGAAGAAAUCAGCGAAGAAGAUUUAUUGCCUAACAAAAAAUUAAAAAAGAAGAAAAACAUUGAAUUAGCGCCUGCACAAGAUAGUACGAAUACAAAAGAGCACGAAAAACAAGACGUUGACGAAAUAGGAGUGACCACUCAGAACAAUAAAGAAGCAGAGGGAACACAGUCUGAUAAAAUUAAAACAAGUAAAACUAAUGUUCCGAAGUCACCUUUAGUAGAGCAAGACAAAGCAAAAGAUAAGUCCAUCAAAGUCCAAGGCGUGACGACUCAGAUCAACAAAGAAACAGAGGAAACCCAGCCUGAUAAAAUUAAAACAAGUAAAACUAAUGUUCCGAAGGCACCCCUAGUGGAGCAAGACAAAGCAAAAGAUAAGCCCAUCAAAGUCCUAGGUUUGACGACUCAGAUCAACAAAGAAACAGAGGGAACACAGCUUGAUAAAAUUAAAACAAGUAAAACUAAUGUUCCGAAAGCACCCAUAAUAGAGAAAGACAGUACAAAAGAUAAGCCUAUCAAAGUCCAAGAAGCACAAGCAAAGGAAGUAAAAUCCAAGUGGGAUACGCCAUUGGCUGAAGGUGAAGUAGAAUAUUUUAUACCUUCACGAAAAAUACAAUUGAAACAAGCAAACGCAAAUCUCGUACCUAAUCCGAUGGCAAAGAAAUUGGCGAACAAAACAUCAACACCUAUUAGCGCCAAGAAAGGUAAAGCCGCAUUCAGCACACCAACAAUGGGCAGCGUGAAACGAGUAAAAAUAGCACUCAAGCACAACACUAUGCAGAAUCCCAGCGAGUACAUAAAACAAAUUAAAAGUUCGCCCAAUUUACCAUAUGAUGCAGACAAGAAGCCUGGGAAGGGAUUGCUGAAACCCAAUUCAAUGCCUAGUCCAAUCAACCCAUUCUAUAAAAAGAAAAUUGGUCUACGCUUGGCGAAUGAUACUAUUUGAACUGUAUAGUUAAUAUGGUUAGCUUUUAGAUGUAUUUAAAUUCUGUAUAAGUUAAGUAAUUUAAAUAUACUCGUAUAUUUUCGUAAUUGAAUUGUCUCAAUUAAAUAAACUAACAAAUAUUCCAAUAAUCAAA